CGGGAGGAGGCGCUCGCUGGGGGGUCCGGACCCGGCUGACCCCUGGGCUCCUCGCUCUGCGGGAGUAACCGUCGCAAAGUGAGGCUCGGCGUGGGCACCUGCCGUGGGCGCCACCUCCACCCCACCUGCAGAGGUUUGGAAGUUGCAGUCUCGAAAUGAUUUCCCCGUGCUCGCCCAGCCCCAGGCGCACCCCUUCCUCCCUGGAGCGCACCCCGCCUCCCUCUGGGACUUCUGCCUCCGAGGCGCUGCCGGCCCUGGACGGCCAGGUCACCCUGCGGGACCUCCGCGAGCGGGCUCCCAGGCUCCCCUUGGAGGUGACCGCACAGCUGGAGAACAUCUCCUACUUGUUCCACAAGGUUCGACAGGACAUCCGGGGACACCAGGAGCAGCUGGAACACUUCUCCCAGCUGCUGGAGGCCUGCAGCCAGGCCCUGGACACCCCGACGCAGGAGGGGGCCCCGGACUCCCCUGACGCCGCCCAGGACCAGCGGGUGCCCUGCAGCCCCAAGACCAAGACCGCCCAGGGACCCAAGGUCGAGACCGCCCGGGAGUCGAACGCUGAAGCCCCGGUGGGCACGAAGCCGCCGUCCCCCCGGCCGCAGCUGCCCUGGGGCCCGGGCACGGACACCCCGCCGGAGCCCCAGUUCUGGCAAGAUGUCCUCACGCGGCUGCUGUGGCAGGGGUUUGCCAGCCCCCACGACACGGCGAGCGAGCUGGGGGGCCAGGUUGCAGGCACAGAGCUGGCGCCGGGCCUGGAGAGCAAGGAGCCGGGAUCCUGCGACGUGGGCACGAACACGGGUGCCGGAGCCUCCACUCAGACUCCCCAGCCUGCCAAGGCCGCCAGCGCCCCGGAGGGGUCCCGAGAUGACCGCGUGAGUGUGAGCCUGGCCCAGGAGCCUGUGGGGAGAGCCCGGCCGGUUCUGAAGCUGCUCUCCUGGGACCCCGAGGAUUUGGAAGACGCCGCGGCCCACGGGCGGCUGGCCGUGCCACACAAGCUGGACAAGGCCCGCACGCUGCGGCACGGGGAGCUGGUGCUGGCAGCGGCCGUGAGCAGCUUCACGCGGCACGCGUUCACCUGCGGCAGGGGCGGCGUCAAGGUGUGGAGCCUCACAGGCCAGGUGGCCGAGGCCCGGCUCCCCGAGAGCCACCUGUUCCCGGGGGCAAAGACCCCCGGCGCCUACCUGCGCGCCUGCCUGCUCACCGCCGACAGCCGGACCCUGCUCGUGGGCGGCCACAACCUGACGAGCGUGAGCGUGUGGGACCUGGCGGCGCCGGCCCUGUGCGCCUCGGACCAGCUGCCGUGCGUGGGCGGCACCUGCCAGGCCCUGGCUGCCAACCCGGCGGAGAACUUGGCUUUCGCCAGCUUCAGCCACGGCGUGGUCAGGACGUGGGACCUGCGCAGUCGGAGCGUGGUCAGGGACCUCCCCGGCCCCCGCAACUGCGCCAAGAGCAUCGCGAUCAGAGAGCAGCAGGUGUGGGUGGGCGGCCUGGACGCGUGCCUGCGCUGCUGGGACCUGCGCGCCGCGGGGCCGCCCCUGCAGUACCAGCUGGAGUCCCAGAUCAUGAGCCUGGCCCACUGCCCCCAGGAAGACUGGCUGCUGCUGGGCCUGGCUAACGGGCAGCAGUGGCUGCGGCGGCCCGACGGCAGCCAGGUGCACAUGGCCGGGCGCAAGGACAGCGCCAUCCUGGCUCUGAGGUUCUCGGCCUUCGGCCGCUGGUGGGUGAGCGUGGGCACGGACGACCUGGUCAGCAUCCACACGAUGCCCCUGGGCGCCAAGGUGUUCCAGGUGCCCGAGGCCACCGCCAUCUUGUGCUGUGACGUGUCCAGCGACAGCCGCCUGGUCGUCACGGGCGCCGGGGACUGCGCCUCCGUGUACCAGGUGGCCUACUGAGGCCCCGCGUC